GUUAAUGAAAUAUACUUUUUCAUAUAACAGUUCGUCAGUUGCUUAGACGAUCCUAACUUAUUAAUCAGUUACGAUGAUUUGGUGGAUGGUGUAUUAUUACAUAAUGUAUUUUUGCAAAUAGAUCCAGAACCACUGUAUGAUGAAGUAAUACCUGCAAAAGGAAGUCCAGUAAUUCGCAUAAAAAACUUAAAAGUCGUAAUAGAUAAUAUGAGACAAUUUUAUGAAGAAGAAUUAAGUCAUAUAAUUCUGAGGUCUCCAGAUACAAUAAGUUUAGGCAAGGAGCCGCAAUCAUGUAUUCCUGAAAUGAAAUUGUUAUUAUUAUUACUCCUUGGUUGUGCUGUACAGUGUCCUAACAAAGAAAAAUUUAUCACUAAUAUAAAAAAAUUAAAUGUUGAUACUCAACUUGCAAUAGUAGAAUGUAUUAAACAGGUCACAGAUCAUCAAAAUAUAGUUAUUAAUCAAGAUUCAAUGGAAAAUAUAAAUAUGGGAUAUUUAUUUGCACAAAUGAAAAGGAUGUCUCACGAACUAGAUUUAUAUCGUCAGAGAUGGAGGGAUAUUAUUAUAAACGAAUGUAUUAGAAAAAGUGAUUCAUCAAUCAACGCAGAAGCUGAAGAAAUAAACAAAGUGCAACAAUCUAACCCUGUUGUUAAAUCAGAACGUGAAGAUAAUCAUCACUAUGCAGUUGAAUUGGCCGACUGGAAAUCGAGAGUUAGAAAACAUCGACAAGAAUUAGAAGAAAAAACGGAAGCAUUGUUAGAAUGUAAAGAAGAACUUGAGUACCAUAAGAUGUUAGUAAACAAAUUAAAACGAGAGAACCAAGAAUUAAUGCAUGAAGCACGCACAGCAAAGUCUUAUAGAGACGAAUUAGAUGCGGUAAUUGAAAGAGCAGAUCGUGCCGAUCGAUUGGAAUUGGAAGUAGUAAGAUACAGAGAGAAACUUACAGAUAUAGAAUUUUAUAAAACACGCAUAGAGGAGCUACGUGAAGAUAAUAGAGUUUUAAUGGAGAAUAGGGAAAUGCUAGAGGAUCAGUUAAAUUCAUCGAGAAGAAGAGCAGAUAAAGUACUGGAACUCGAGUCUGAAAUCCUUAAAUAUAAACAGUUACUGAAUGACAUGGCAUUGGAACGUGCGGCUGAUAAAGAAAAAUAUCAAGAAUUAGUUGAAGAAAACACUCAAUUACAUAAAUUAGCGAAAGCUGCUGCAAAUGAAGCUGCCUUAGAUAGUUCUAUAAGUGAUUCUGAAGAACCAGCGCAUGCUGAUAAUAGAUUGUCUGAACAAUUGACAAAUAAUGCACAAACACGGGCUUUAAAACUUGAAUUAGAAAAUCGUCGAUUGGUUACUUUAAUAGACUCCUUAAAAGAAAGUUCCUUUCAUGAAAAUUCAUCUCGUGUAUUGGAACUAGAAAAAGAAAAGAAAAAGUUGCAAUUGAAGAUUGAAUCGUUAAAUGAUAAUAUUGAAAGAUUAACACAACAAAAUUCGGAUUUAGAAUUGGUUUGGAAGCAAGCACUCGAAGAAAACAAAAAAUUACAAAACUCAUUACAAAACCAAAGGACGUCAUCCGAGAAACAGCAACAGGAGUUCCAAACUCAACAUACAAAAAUGAUAGAACUGGAAAAAAAUUGCGAUACAGCAGUGAAAGAAAAACAACGAGUUCAGUCUUUAUUGGAAAGUGUACAAAGACGAGCAGAUGAUUUAGAACGUAGUUUAGAGCUUGCCAAUCAAAAAGUUGAAGAAUUAAAAAUUAUAGAAAAUAACGUAAAAGAAAUUAAUUCCAAGUGUCUUGAUCUUGAAUCAAAACUUGUGGCAGUAGAACGAGAGAAAGAUAUAGCACAGCGCGAUGUGCAUCGAUAUCGAGAAACAAUAGAAGAAAAGGAUGUUGCAUUAGAUAAAGCAACAAAUAGUAUUGAAGUUCUAGAAAGGAAAAUAAUGCAACUUGAACAGGAACUUCAUGAUUCUGUUACACAAAUUUCAAGAUUACAAGAAAUUGAAAGAUCCAGUAAGGAGCUUGAUUCACGAGCAGCUAUUGAUAGGGAAACGUUAGAAAUUCUGCAAUCGAAUUUAGUAGCUGAAAAAUUGAAUACUCAACAAUUAUAUACAGUUCUAGAAAAACUUGGACUCAGUGAUAACAUGUUGUUGUCAUUGCCAUUGGAUAAUAUUGUUAAAAAAAUCGCGCAAAUUCCGGAAGUCGUCGAUUAUAUAAGAAAAUCAAAUAAUUCCUGCUGUUGUGAAAAGUCAGUACCUGAAUCUACAAAUUCCGAGAGUAAUGCAACUAAUAACAUUCAUAAUACACUAGAAGCAACAGUAGAAGCACUCAAGAAAGAACAGGAACAUUUAAAUAUGAAAUUGGCUGCUGCACAAGUAGCAUCAGAAAAUCUCCUAUCUGAAAAUGCGAAACUUCAAGUACAGAUAACAACAUUACAGUCUCAAAAUAAUUCUUUAGCAGCACAACAUACAGCCUUGCAACUUGCAAAUUCACAACUUGUUGCUGAAAAAGAAGAAUUGUUGAAAGAACGCAGUGCUCAUCAACAAAUACACACCCAACUGGUUCAUGAUCAAGUCACUUUACAAUCUUUGCACGAACAAUUAAAUAACGAAUAUGAAAAUCUUUUCCACGAACACGAUGCUCUCAAGUCAAAUUUACGAGACGUAAAAAAUGAAGUUAGAAUGUUACGCGAAUCUUAUGAAGGAUUGAAAGGAAAAAAUAAGACAUUACAAACUGAAAAGGAAUCAUUGGUGAAUGAUGCAAAGAGUUUGAAUAACUUGAGAGGAGAACAUUCAAAGCUGAAGGAUGAUUUUAGAAAUUUGUAUACUGCUACAGAAAAAUUGAAAAUGGAGUAUAGAAAUUUGCAAGAGGAUUAUAGGAAAAACAAAAUUGAAACGAACCGACUAAGCCUUAAGUUAACAGAAAUGCAAGGCGAGCUUAGCAGUAGAGAUGAAAGAUGUUCUAAUUUAGAACUUCAAAUUAAUAAAUUAAAUCAACGAUGUGAGAUGUUAUUGCAUAUGAAUUCAGGCUUAGAUAAUGAUAGACGAUCGUUGAUGGAUCAUAUUACUUUGUUGUUUAGCCAAUAUCAUGAACUUUUGACUCAUUCUCUUGAAGAUAAAGAACAUUAUCACAUGGAAGAAAAAAUAUAUACGGACAAAGUGAAUCAUUUAUAUAGACAAAAAGAAAAAUUGGAAGACAAAAUAAUGGAACAUUAUAGAAAGUUAGAUAGUUGUACUCCAAAAAAAAAAGGAUUUGGAGCUAAUUUCGUUCGAAGAGUUCGAAAAGUUGGAUCUGAGUUUCUCAAUAAGAAUCGACGAUCUUGGACGGAAGAGUCGAAACACUCAGAAGGAAAACCUUAUGAAUCAGAAUCUGGUGGAAAUGACUCUGACGCUAGUACAGAAGAUCACCGUUUAGCAGAAUCAACUAGAGCUCUUGGAUCAGAUACAUUGUCUCUUGGUCAUCCAGGGACUAGAAGAACAGUGUAUUACACUGAUGAUUCUCCACCACCAUCAACUACCGUACCAGAACAGGGAGAUGAUAGACGGUCUAUAUUAUUGGAACAAACUUCGCGAUCAGAGGUGCAAGUAGAACCACGACCGGUUUUGAUAUACAAUAAAGUAUCAGCAGUUAUAAACGAAUCAAACAAUCUUAACAAUAGUGGAAUGAAGGAUGUAGGGCAAGAAGAAACAAUUAUAGAAACUCCUGUAGACAAAGAUUCAAAAGUGGGUAAUCAGGUGUGGUACGAAUAUGGUUGUGUAUGAUCUUAUGCUGCUUCCAUCUAUUUGUGUUCUUGCCGCGAAAAAAAAUCGUAUUUUGUACUUUAUCAAUUUUUUACUUUUUAAUUCAAUGAAUGUUUUGCAUAAAUCCGAAUGUUUUAAAAGACUUGCAUAUAGUACUAAUUUUAAUUAAGUGUUCGCGAGUUCCUAGAAAGUUUUGUAUGAGGGUAAUAUAAGUUAUCAAUUUAUUUUGAAAUUGGAUUUAUUCAAUUUAUUUUAAAUAUUUGGUAAUUUUAAUACUAUUUUUUUAUUAGAAUAAUCUUAUGCAUUUAUAUUGACGUGCGUUUAUAAAGGGUUGAUGAAUAACCAAUAAUGUGCUAUAUAUGUGUAUAUCAAUCUAUAAGUAACAAUGCGAGAGUAUUCUCUUUUGAAAACAGUGUAACAACUAUAUAUAGCAUUAAAGUGACCUAAAUAUUCGAUAAAUAUUAUUAAUGUUCAAUUAGUUUUUAACCAUCAGUCAUUAAUUAAUUGUAUUAAUUGUACUGCCUUUCGCAUUUAUAAAAUACGUAAAAUAGUAGAAUUAUAAAUGUAAGAAAAAGAUUGCAUUGUUUUAAUCAUACCUAAUUACUUCUUUCUCCACAAUAUUGUACAUUCUAUACAUUUCUUUUAAUAAGAAAGAAAACUUUCAUCUUCAGAAGUAUUUUUUGGAUUGGAUACAAUUUUACAUUGCAAACGUUAUUGAAUAUUAUAAUCUAUAUAAAACUUUACAAAAUCAGUAAACGAACUAAAAAUUUCUCACUGUCACGGAAUAUAUAUUUAAUCAAUAUAUUUUAUAACGAUGAAGAAGGGAAUUUUUUAUGUUUUUAUUCUUUAGGUUUUUAAUAUUGAAGAAAUUAAUGGAUUAAAUGAAUAAUGCACCUUGAUAGAGUCUCACGGUUGAAAGUCUCACGAGUUUCAUCGUCGAGAGAACGCGUAACUCAAUAUUUUUUGUUAUUUUCUUCCAAGUUGGGAACAAGAGGUUCCGACUAAAAAAAACUGACCACCGUCUGUUCAAACCCUUCCUGAAUUAUUUCUCAGGCUUCAGAAAUUUGCAUAUGACGCGUAUCCAAGGAACUAUGUCGGUGAUCGAUAAAUAAGAUAUUAAUAUUUUUUUUUCAGCUCGUAUUGUUAAGAAAAAUAGAGCAUUAAACAUAGAGGAGCAUAUAUAUACUGCAUAGUAGAAUUUAUAAGUAGAAUUUAGAGGGAUAAGAUAUUUACUACAUAUUUCUUCAUUUUAUAUAACUAUUUAACUACUAUUAAUUAUAACUAAUUACUUUAACCACAAUUUAACAAAAAUUUUCCUAUUUCAUUAUUAAAAAUAUUCAAGUUUUUAUAUUACUAAUGCGAUCAUUUAAUGUGUAAUUGGCGCAUAAUUUAAUAAACAAAUCUUUAUUAGAUAAGAA